GUCGUGCGCGUUUCUACAGUCUUCGAACGGCUGUUGCUACGUGCGUAUGCGCGGCACGCGUCAUUCGUUUUCUUCCUUCAAGUUCCGUCAAUAUCGUGAUCACUAUUUAUGAGGCUCGUGUUCUAUCUCCAAAUAUGCAGGAAGUUGUCGGCGUCACUGAUUAAUCCACAUUCCCUCGGUGUAUGACUCACAUUCCACAAGAAAACAAAAAUGGUGUCUCGAAACAGGAAGGUUAAAAUUACAACCGUCGGCGAUGGUAUGGUUGGGAAAACGUGUAUGCUCAUCACGUAUACAAAGAAAGAAUUCCCGACGGAAUAUGUGCCUACCGUUUUCGACAACUACGUUGAUACUAUAUGCGUGGGUGGACAACAAUUAGAGAUGACAUUAUGGGAUACUGCUGGUCAAGAGGAUUACGAACGACUUCGACCACUAUCGUAUCCAAACACCGAUUGUUUCCUAGUCUGUUUUUCAAUAAGCGCCCGUAGUUCUUUCGAAAACGUAUCGAGUAAGUGGUAUCCAGAAAUUAAAAUGCACUGUCCCAAUGUACCAAUUGUACUUGUGGGUACCAAAGCAGAUCUCAGAAAUCAAGAAAAUAUGGAUAUUAUCACUCCACGUGAAUGCAACAAAAUGAAAAGAAGGAUCAGGGCUGUAAAGUACGUCGAGUGUUCUGCAAUAAAGCAAGAAGGACUUGAAGAAGUCUUUAUGGAAGCUAUCAGAGCUGUAUUGAAGAAACCAUCAUCGAAAAAACCUUGUUGCAUUCUUUGAAAUGUGCAAUAUUGAAAUUGAUACAUUUUGAACUGAUCGAUUGAAGUCGUCGAGACGGAUAUCAAACCAAAGAUUCUCUUCACACAUUUUCCAUAUAUUUCUUUCUCGCGUAUCUUAUUUUUAAUAAUAUUUCUAAGAAAAGUAUGAUAAAUAUAUAUUCUUUGUGUAAGCUAAAAUUUCUUCCUUACACUGUGUAAAUAUAUACUAAAUAUUUUAUCUACACUGCUCAAAACAACUAGGAAGUCGUGUGAAAUAAAUAAUACUGUUAGCAGUUCUGUAACUUAGACCAAAUAUAAGAAUAAAUAUUAAAUAAUAAUAAUAGAAACAGUAAAUAAUAGUAAUAACAGAUUAAAAUAU